AUGGACAGAAUCGAGUUCUUGAAACAAGUGGCAGCAGAAAAUGACACUACAGGGCUUCGAUUCAAGCAACCUACGUGGCAUAAGCACUUGAAACGUAACAAGAACGCUAAAGCGUUGAUAUCUGACGAGUGGAAACGUUUGACCCGGGAAAAGGAGAAGGAGAAAGAGAAGGAGAUGGAGGGCGAUGCGGCUGAAGAUCCCAACUACAACAAGACCAGAUUGUCGUACUUUAACGUGCAGGCGUACCCAUCUACCAGGCCAGCCAAGAAGUAUUGCGACGUAACGGGGUUAAAGUCUCACUACAAGGCACCAAACACCGGUCUCAGAUUCCACAAUAGCGAGAUAUACUCUCUGAUAAUAAAGCCAAUGGCUCCGGGAGCAGAACAGGCGUAUUUGAAACUAAGAGGCGAUCAUUUCGUGUUGAAAUGA